AAUGUCUGGAACUGAUGAUUUUUCGUUGGCAGAUGCUUUACCAGAUCAGUCGCCUGCUAAAACCUCCAAAGUGAGCAGUACAAAACCUGGUCAGCAGCCUGGUCAGCCGCCGCAGGCUUGGCGGCUUCCGGCUUCGAACCCUUGGAACAACCCGAGCGCUCCUCCUCCUGCGGCGCCAACCGGACUGCCACCAACAACGUCCACCUCUGGUGUGCCCUUCGGCCCUCCUCCAACGGGAAUGUAUCCUUCAAUGCCCCCCGGACCGCCUGCUCCAUUUCCUCCUCCUCCUACUGGACCCUCUUGCCCACCUCCUGGUGGGCCGUAUCCGCCCCCCACUGUGCCAGGUCCUGUCCCACCAGGGCAAUAUCCUCCACCAAAUAUGCCCUUUCCAGAGCUUCCAAGACCUUACGGUGGUCCGACAGAGCCGGCUGCGCCUCCUGCUCCCGUUGGGCCGUGGGGAUCCCUGCCCUCCGGAGCAUGGGGACCAACAAUGGGAGGGCAGUAUCCUGCACCCAGCAUGCCAUAUCCACCCCCAGGGCCAUAUUCAGCUCCUACCCAGACUCCAGGGGCUGCGCCAACAGUACCGUGGGGUACGGUUCCGCCUGGAACGUGGGGACCUUCACCGCCAGGUCCGUUUCCUCCACCCACAGGAUCAUAUCCAGCUCCAGGACUAUAUCCUACGCCCCCUAAUCCUUUUCAAGUGCCAUCUGGUCCUGCUGGUGCUCCAUCAAUGCCUGGUGGUCCCCAUCCUUACCGUUGAAUACAUUCUGGGCAACAAAAUACUGUAGCUUUCCACCUUCAUCCACUACUUACAGAGAUUUUUACAGUUUUUGUUUCAAUAAUGUUUGGGGCUGUGAAGAAUACUUGCCUCUUGUAUGUGCAUUAGAGGUGUGAAGGAGCAGUUUGCAUAAAUUUACCUUGCCUCAUACGCUGGCAUAACUGUUUGGUUUCGUAGAAUGAAUGACAAAGAGCAGAAAUCAAACUAACACCUGUGGUUCUUACAUUGGCAAGUAUUCCCUGGAAAAAUGGGAGCUGCCAAGUAAGGAUUAUAAAGAAUCAGGCCCGAGGACUUAAAAAAAUCAAUAUGCUAAUUCUUAAAUUUCCAUGAAUGCUUUAAGUCUCGUUGCCAGACUCGUGCUGGUCACUGAAUGGUUGGAUAGUUGUAUUUUGUCUAUUUUCAGGUUAUUCUGAAAUGUCAAUAAAAAGUGUUUCAAGAAUUUUGUCAAGAAAUCUAAGUUUCGAACAUGCUACAGUAAU